AGUGCCGACUGGGCCCUCGCCUCUGCCCUCUCUGCUUGCCAGUUACUCCCUCCAGAGCCCAACAAACAUCGUAGCCCCGGCUCCUCGGAUCACAAGUCCCGACCCUGCCCCGAUGGCCACCGACCGCGCCGCCCAAGGCCCGAACUAUCGGGUCCUGGUCGGGGUCCCCGAGCUCUGUUCUGGACUGGUGAGGAAACUGCAAAAGUAUUUCCAGAGCCCGCGGAAGUCCGGGGGAGGCGAGUGCAUGGUCAAAGCCGGCCCCACCGAAGGCACUUUCUGGGUAGAGUUUUUGGAAAAAGAAGCAAGGCAACGAGUUCUGGAGAGAGAGAAUCAUGUGUUAGAACUGCCAGGAGAAGAAAAGUUGAAGCUCACUGUCAGAUUGCCUACAGCAAAGGAUGUGGAUGAAGGCAAUGAAGGGAAUGAAGAGAAAAUCCCAGCAGAAGAAUCCAAGAUCAAAGAUAGAACCCAAGAACAAGAUGUAUCAGAAGAUCAGGAUACAAAGUUCCCACUGGACAGAAGAUUGGAUGAGACAGAGGAAAUGUCCAAAGGCAACUUGGUAGCACUUAAAAACCUCCAAGAUCUGGAGGACGAGUAUCUCCUAGUUUUACUGGUGGAGAACAUUAGUGGUCUAUCAAAAAUUGAAGGAGAUUUUGAAAUGGAACUCAUACCAGAAGCGGAAACUGCUGUGUUUACCUUUCUGAAACACAUCGAUACAAAGAAAUUUGUCCAUCUUUGUUCUCAAAACCGAAUAGUCCAAGAGAAGAAGAUUUCUGUAGCACCUCUGGAAGAGACAAGAACCAUCCUGGUGGAAAACCUGCCCCCCGAUGUUAAUGAAAGCUAUGUCAUGCUUUUCUUUGAAAACCCCAAUAAUGGAGGGGGACCAAUAACCAAGGUCCAGUGUUUCCCAAAGGACAAUUCAGCCCUGAUUCAGUUUUCUCAAUGCAAAGUGGUCAAAUCCAUAUUGACAAAGAAGCUUCUCUUCAACAGCAAUCCUAUUUUGAUGUUCCCAUACUACCAUAGUUUGGGUACUGCUUUAUAUGGAAAGGCAAAGCCGCCAGUAAAGCUGCCAGAGCCCUUAAAAUUGCCAGUGGAGCCUUAUCUAUUGAAUUUUUUACAGAAAGAUGAUCAAGUAAUGGGAGAGAUAACUAGCACCAUGGAGAGCUGUCAUUGUGCACUAACAUGGCCAAGACCCAAUUGUAAAGAGUCAGAAAUUAUACUCAGUCCUUCAGCCACCUUAGUCAGCCAAAGAAGAACAAAGAGCAACAUAAUCAAGACGUGGAGUGAGGAUGUUUCCACAAAAUUCUCUUGCCUCAUGUCUGAAUACCAGGUCAGGAAGUAUAAUGUGGACCCAGUGGUGUGGGAAGCCAUUAGAGACAGCAUAGAAAAUAAGAACAUUUUGACUGAGUUUGAUAAGCUUCAGGAGACAAUGAUCAUAGCAGGGAAACUGGAAGAUGUGCAAAGAACUGGAUUACAAGUGGGAACUCUGAUAGAAAGGUUCACUGAACAAGUAGAAAGGGAAAAACAAAGUAUAAGAGAGAACUUGACUGUGUUUCCUGGAAGGUUUUCCAUUUUAUGUAAUAAUGGGUUAGAAGAGACUCUCCACCAGGAAUACCCAGAGCUGGAAGUCACAUAUGAUGCCCUCACAAAGAAGAUUUCCCUGAGUGGAUUGGCUGCAGAUGUGUACAAAGCAAAGAGUGAAAUUCUGGAGAAGCUACAGAGUUUAACUCAGAAAUCCCUCCCUGUUCCUCCUCAGAUCAUUCAAUUUCUGCGGCAAGUAGAUUGUGAGACAUUCUCUGAAUCUCUUUUUGCAGCUAAGAAACUUUCUGCUGCUUAUGAGUUGGAGGGUGAAGCAGUUGUGCUGGUUGGCUCCUCUCCCCAAGUUCUUUCAGAAGCUGAGGAACAUAUGAAGAAAGCCUUGAACUUUAAGUGCAUCAGUGUGGUGGACAGUGGGAUUCUUCAUGAUUGUCAGUGGAAAACACUCACUGAUGAUUUAAAUAAGAAAUACAACUGCUCCUCAAAGACUGUAAUAAUAGAACAGCAAAAUUCAGACACUGGGAUUGAGAUAACCAUUGCUGGUUGUGUUAGUCCAGUAUGUGAAAGCUACCAGGAACUUUAUGAAUUUGUAGAAAAAAAUACAAAAAUAGAGGAGCUGGUCACUGUGACAUCUCUAGCAGUUCUCCAGUAUAUGCAGGAGGAAAAUAAGCAAAUCUGGAAAAAAAUAAAGAAAAAAAAUGUGCAGGUCUAUUUCAAAACUCUAGCCAACCAGAGAGGCAUUUCACUUAGUGGUCCCAAAGGAGAAGUGAUGAGAGCAGUGGCCAUGGUUAAAGAAACACUAGAUUCAAUAUGUAUUAGAAAUUUUAGCAUUGAUAAACCAGGGGCCAAAUCCUUAUUCAAAGAAAAGGAAGCAUUUUAUAAAAUGGAAGCAAAACAGAAGUAUCGUUGUUCAAUUUGUCUACUAGAAGAUGGAGAUGAGAGCAGUGGGAGCAGUAUAGGUGGGCAAAAGGUCCACUGUGAGAUAACCUUAGAAUCUGGCAUCUUGUUAACUGUUCAGGAGGGUGACUUAAUCCAGUUCUCAGCAGAUGUGGUGGUGAAUGCAGCAAAUGAGGACCUACAGCACUUUGGAGGCCUGGCAGCUGCACUCUCUAAAGCAGCAGGCCCAGAGCUACAGAGGGAAUGUGACCAGAUAAUCCAGAAACAGGGUAAGAUCCUUCCUGGCUGCGCUGUUGUCUCAUCUGCUGGACAACUCCCCUAUAAGCAAGUGAUUCAUGCUGUUGGUCCCAAGUGGAAGCAAGAACAUGCUCACAGGUGUGUGCAGCUACUAAAAAAUGUCAUCACAGAGUGUCUUUAUCUAGCUGGAUUCCAUGGGCAUAGUUCAAUAGCCAUCCCAGCUCUUAGCUCUGGGAAUUAUAACUUCCCCUUAAAAAUGUGUGCAGAAACCAUCAUCCAGGCCAUCAAGGAAAACUUCCAGCAUCCCCCAAAUAAAAAUAGCUUGAAAAAAAUUCAUCUGAUUGAUUCAUCUGAGGAGACAGCUCAGGCUUUUUCCAAAGCUGUGAGGACCAUCUUUAAAGACAGAUUACCUAGUAAUGAUUCACUAUCCCGUGAGCCAUUAAAAAAGCAGAAAAUCACCUUGACAAAAAGUACUGAACAUGGAGAUGUAUUGGACUCCAUCCAAACUAAGGAACAUCUGAGCAUCAUCUUGAUGAGAGGAGAUGUUCAGGAUGCUGAGACUGAUGUUAUUGUAAAUUCCAUCCCUGUGGAUCUUCAUCUUGACAACGGACCACUUUCUCAGGCCUUAUUGAGGAAAGCUGGCCCAGAACUCCAGGAAGAAUUAAAUACAUUUGAAAAAAUCUCAGUGAAAAAGGGCCAUGUUCUCCUGACUAAAGGCUAUAACCUGGGCUGCAGAUAUGUGCUCCAUGUGGUGGCUCCUUCUUGGGAUUGUGGAAAAGGAGAUUCACGAGAGAUCAUGGAAAACAUUAUCAAAGAGUGCCUGGAAACUGCUGACUCCCUGUCUUUAAAAUCAAUCACUUUUCCAGCAAUUGGAACAGGAAAUUUGAGAUUUCCAAAAACCCUUUUUGCAAAAUUAAUCCUAUCUGAGGUGUUCAAAUUCAGUAGUUCAGAACCUUUGAAGACUCUAAAAGAAGUGUGCUUUCUGUUGCAUCCCAGUGAUGUUGACAACAUUAAGGCAUUUGAAAGAGAAUUCACUAAAUAUAUUGUUGGAGAUACUACCAGUGACAGAGUUUCCAAUACCAGUGAUACCCAAGAUCUCGUUGACACUAUUUCUAGCCCUGAAUUGGGAGUAUAUGAUUGCAAAAUUGGACACAUUACCUUCCAAGUUGCUUCUGGGGACAUCACCAAGGAAGAGUCUGACGUUAUUGUAAACUCAACAAAUGAGACAUUUGUCCUCAAAAAUGGAGUUUCUAAAGCCAUUCUAGAAGCUGCUGGCCCAGCUGUGGAAUCAGAGUGUGCUACAUUAGCUGCGAAUCAUCAUAAAGAUUUUAUAGUAACACAGGGUGGAAAUCUAAGGUGUAAGAAGAUAAUUCAUGUUGUUGGGGGAAAUGAUGUUAAACAAACCAUCUCUGAAGUCCUCCAGGAAUGUGAAAAGAUGAAAUAUACAUCUAUUUCCCUCCCAGCCAUUGGAACAGGACAGGCUCAACAAAACCCUACUAAAGUUGCUGAAUCUAUAAUUGAUGCCAUUGAAAAUUUUGUACAGAAAGGGUUUGGCCAAUCAGUGAAAAAAGUGAAAGUGGUCAUCUUCCUGCCACAGCUACUGGAAGUGUUUCAUGAUGCUAUGAAACAAAGAGUAAGAUCUAAGCCACCACCAACCUCAAACACCCUCUUUUCUAAGAUAAUAUCAUUUUUCAAUUUUCCAAACCAACCUCCGAAAAAAAAAGUUAAUUUGGUUUUGGAAAAAAUAGAAAGGUCAACAACCUUCCAGGUAUGUGGUGAAAGCAAAGAGAAUGUUGAAAGCACUAUCUCUUGGAUGCAAGAUGUGAUUUUAAAGGAACACGAAAGUUUUACUUUCAAUGAUAACAGCAUCCAAAAAUUUGGUGAAAAAGAAUACAGUAAACUGAACGAGCUUCAAAAAAGGCUAGAUAUCACCAUUGAUGUGAAACAUGGAGGGUCUCUCAAGAUCACAGGAACUGCCCGAGAUUUGGUCAAAGCUAACCCUCUCAUUGAAGAAUUGCUCAAGAAAACGCGCUUACGGAUAGAUGAGGAGACCAGGGCUGAGGAGCUCAGUAAAACCACCACAUGGCAGUAUGACGACAACGGUGUUUGCAAGCCUUUUGACAAAAUAACGAAUCUGCAUUUAGACAAUGCGAGGAAAGCAAAGAAAAAUAACAUUGUUGUUAAAAUUGAGAAGGAAAACUACACAGUAGACUUUAACACUAAUCUUGCUACAAAUGGAAAGGGACGUAGCUUUCUGGUUCAUUGCCUCAAAAAAUCUGAAGUUGAGAUCCCUAUUCACUGGGAUGACAUGAAAAACCAGAACCUUCUUUUGGUGGAUUUACCUCCAGGACAUAUAGAAUACCAGCAAGUAAAAGACAAGUUUUGUCAGACCUGUGCUAACUACACAAUAGAGAAGAUUCAGAGGAUACAGAACAGAAGCCUUUGGAAUUUGUAUAAUACAAAGAAAACAUUAAUGGAUGACCAGAACAAACACACAAAUAAUGAAAAAUACCUCUUCCAUGGGACAGAUGUUGACUCACUGUCCCAUGUCAACAGCCAAGGCUUUAAUCGCAGUUAUGCUGGGAAAAAUGCUGUAGUAUGGGGGAAAGGAACUUAUUUUGCUGUUGAUGCCCAAUAUUCGGCAGAAGAUACAUACGCCAAACCAGACAGCAAUGGGAAGAAGCAUGUGUAUUAUGUGCGAGUACUUACUGGUGAUUACACCCUUGGAAAUUCAUCAUUCCUUGUCCCACCAAAGAAAACUCAAGAUGGGAGUGUUCUAUAUGACAGUGUCACUGAUAACGUGAAUAAUCCAAGCUUAUUUGUCAUAUUUUAUGAUAAUCAGUCUUAUCCUGAUUACCUAAUUACUUUCAGGAAAUAAUAUUUUGCUUUCAUAUCCAAGCGAUAUUAUGUAGACACUUACUUGUAGCAUGUUUUAGCAUUCGAUGAAUUUUUCUUAGGUCACAACAUUCAUUCUCAUUGCUGAAAUUAGUACUUUUUGCAUUAUCAAUAGUGUUAUUUCUUUUUUUUUUUUUAGUGAGGCAAUUGGGGUUAAGUGACUUGCCCAGGGUCACACAGCUAGUAAGUGUUAUGUGUCUGAGGCUGGAUUUGAACUCAGGUACUCCUGAAUCCAGGGCCGGUGCUUUAUCCACUGCACCACCUAGCUGCCCCCGUGUUAUUUCUAAUAUAUGCUUUGUGUGGUCAUUCCCCAACUGAUAAAUGGUCAAAGGAUAUGAACUGACUGUAUUCAGAUGAAGAUCAAAGCUAUCUAUAGUUUUAUGGAAAAAAGCUCAAAAUCACUAUUGAUUAAAGAAAUACAAAUUAA